AAAGAGCAUACCCAUAAGCAGUGAUAAGUGCGCUGAAAGACCCUAGAGGGAAGUAGAAUUUCAACUGCUACCUGCACAACAAAGAUAAGGACCAGGGCCUAUUAUUUUUUCAUAUGACAAUCUAAUAAUGAAAUUGAGUACUGGUUUUAGCUCUGUGCGAUUUUAAUGACAUCCGCUCACAUUCAUUUUGCUUCUCUCUUCUAAGCUCUUUGCUACGAGUGUCAAGUACACGCAUUACACUACAGUUCAGUUUUUACAAGUUUUAAUUACUUUUAGAUUCAUUUGGCACUGGAUGGCUAUUGCUAGUGUUCAAUUUAUUGAGAAAUAUACAUCGCUAACUGGCAAAAGAAAAUAAUUAUCAGUGUUAUUGCAGAAACACAGGAAUUUUAUUAUGGAGAGUUUAUAUCAUAAAUGUUAUAUUGUGUAUUGCUGUUCUUCACUUCAACAGAUAAUGUGCAGCUUCACGAGGUCAUAACGAGGAAACAGCUCUUUCCCCUCCCUCAACCUGGUAUACUUCAGCGACCAGUCAACCAAGUCGCUUAUAUGGGUCCGCUCCUUUUCAUACAGCAGGGGCACCUCCCGGCGAGACGCGAUGACGAGGGGCGAGAAUAAUGUAGAUGCUGAGAAGGACUUUCAGACUGUGGUGGUCAGGGAGCUUGGGGAAGGAAAGGAUUCGCAAAAGGUUCCUCGCCGGGUCAUCCACUUUGCAAGCGGAGAAACAAUGGAAGAGUACAGCACAGAAGAGGAGGAGGAACCAGAGAAAAAAGACUUGCUUUCCCCUGAUCCGUCUAACCUGACCUGGGGGCCUUAUGUCUGGUUCCACAUGUGGAGGGCGGCGACAUCCACAGUCACAGCAUGUGAUUAUCUUGGAGAAAAGAUGGCCACAGCCCUGGGAAUCGCUGUGCCGAAAUACCAGUAUGCCAUCGACGAGUACUACAGGGAAAAGAAGGAGGAGGAAGAGGAGCAGCAGGAAAAUUGUAUGUCAGAGGAGGCAGAACAGCAAGCUGGAGCAGAGCAGAAGGGCCAGGAGGGCGCCCUGACAGAGCAGCCGGACAGUUCCAUCUCCAUCAUCAACAUCACCUGCGAGCUGGAGAAGGAGCCUUGCCAGAUCUCAGAUGCCACUCCAUUCCCGCUCUUACAGGAUGAUGUUAGAGUGUCUGCCCCUGUCACCUCCUAAUCCACAUUUAGAGAUCAGAAACUCCACCCCCACGCCCUCAUAACAAACUCUUACAGAGAUGGAAGACUCUACCCCUGCCCUCUCAUAAUCCACAUUUACAGAGGUCAGAGACUACCCGCACCCACCCAACACACACUUAGGUGCCAUUCAGACUGUUAGACUGUUACCAAGCUUGAGGAGAAAGCAGAAAGAUCUAUUAGGCCACAAAGUAACCAGGUUUAUGCUGUUUACAAGAUUACAAAUCACACAUAGUUUGUCUAAUUUCCUAAGCAAAAGCCAAGUUGGUUGAAGCAUAUAUUGAUGAUAAAUACUACUUCUAUUUUAUUUGGCAUUAUUACUAUCAUUGGAUGCAUUAUAUUCUGACCAUCCUCUUAAUUUAAGUAAAUACAGUGUAUGUUUUGGACUGAAUGAGCAGCCGAAGCCAAUUAGUUUCUAGCUCUGCUCUGUGGAAGUAACAUGCACAGUGUCAUGAUUGGUCAGAGGCUAGAUCUUCAACUCUUGCACUUUUGCCAUUCUCAACAAGCUUUGUUCACAGCGGGGGCACCAUGUUUAAUCUUUGACUUAAUCUUCACCUGCAAAAGCUCUCAUAGGCAAUAAUGAUUUUUGUAAAUGCAUUUAUAGUCUGAUGUCUUGCAGAACAACCUCAGUGCCUCCAUCCCCUCAUAACCCACUCAGGCUUUUCCUAUCUUCCUGUUCCUAAACAAUUGUUUUAUAAUGUAUUUAUUCAAAUUCUAUUUAAACAGAAGGCUUUUAUAUUCAUUUCUGAAGGAAAUAUUUAUCUAUUUUGUGUAUAACACAGUUUAAUAAAUGUAUUAAUGACAACUGCA